UUUGAGACCAAAAUAUUUAAUUUCCCACUUUUCACCUGGAAAUUCUCCAAGAAUCCACUUAAAAUGCGCAUCAGAUUGUCCGAGAUGCCUCCCGUUUUGCAAUAAUUAUCGAGAAUCGCGAGAAAACCAGCUGCAAAUUGGAAAAAGUUAGAAUUGCAAAAAAAGACAUCGUCACAAAACUCAAUUUGGUAAAUUAAUAAACAUUAUUAAUGCAAUUUCCUCUUAUGGGAAUGCCGUAUUAGCGUAAUUGUCGUCGUUAAUUGAGGAGCUUGCGAUGAAUAAAGUUGCAUAAAAGUAUGCUGAUUAGACUACAAGAGCAGGAACAGCAGCAACAACAACAACAACAUCAUCAUCCAAAGAGACAGUGCGUUUAUUAGACUGAAAAGUGUAUUGUUAUUGCUUCAUCAUUAUUUUAUUUAUUAUAUUUGUUAUGCCAUUAACAAAACAUUUCCUACGCUGCGUUACACAUGUACGAGAAUGCCGUAUGAUCAAUCAACAGAUAUAGAGUUUGAAUAAAUUUGAAUUGAAAAUCGUCGUACAAAGUGAGAAUAAAAGAGCAGCCGAAAAAAAAAGUUAAAUUUCAGCUGAUUGAAUACAAUGACAAGUGGGCAUAACACGGGUAAUUUCACGAGCUACGUCACAGAUGAGGCUCUCAACAGCUCGAAAGAUGCAAUGCAGAACGAGUUUCAGCCCAAAUUGUUGGAGGGCGAAAUUGAGGCAGCACGCGCGAAAAAUGUCUCGCUGUACAUUGCACAAAAGAAGAAGACAGUAAAAGGCCAAAAAAUCCAAGAAGAAAAAUUAGGAACGUUAAUUAUCACCAAUUUUCGACUGUCGUUUACGUUAUUUGACGGAAGCUUAGAGGAUGUUGCCUACCAGGAGAACAAUUUCUUGGGGAAAUAUGACAUUUCACUAUCAAACAUUGACAAAAUUUAUCAAAUUUCGGACAAGAAAAAGCGUCCCGUGGGUCCGGAUUAUCGAAAUAGUUCCAAAGUCGAUGCCAUUCGUAUCAUUUGCAAGAAUUUCCGCCUUCUCACAUUCGACUUUAGUGUAUCGGAUGUCGGCAAAGGCAAACAUAUUGCUGAUGCCCUUCUACGAUUUGCGUUUCCCUCCCAGCAUCAAGUUCUAUUUUUGUACAAUUACAAACUGGAGUAUUACAACGCUGUCCGUUCCGUACGAAUGUUUAAUCAAGAGAACGAUUGGAUGCAGGAACUGGAGAGGUGUGGUGCGAGUAAUCACUGGCGCGUGCUAGGAGUUUUGGGUGAAAAUAUCGAGGAUACACUGCCGCGGUACUACGUUGUUCCGAAAUGUUUGACAAAUCACGAGUAUCUCGAUGCAGCGAGGUCUUUUCAAAAGGGACGUGCUGCCAUUUGGGUUUGGGGCACGGAACAAGCCGCUUUGGUUCGCAUGGCUUCGCUACUGGACACCAUAGGAGACACCACUGUGGAAAAUCGGAUGCUCGAGAGCAUUCGAAAAUGUGACCCGCAACGACGACAACCGCAUUUAGUUGAAUUAGAGAAAAUUUUACCAAGCAUUCAGGACGUUUAUCACAGUUAUAUCAAGCUGAGGGAGCUGUGUGCCCCUGAGAGUGAUCGUAGUUUUAUGAUACAAGACACUCGAUUCUACACGAGCCUCGAAAAAUCCAGUUGGCUCCUUCAUGUCUCGCUAUGCAUCCAAUAUUCAUCGGAACUGGCCAAACGGAUGACGGAUGGCGAAACUGUCGUUAUACAAGAAUCCGAGGGACGUGAUAUGUGUUGCAUCAUAUCGUGUCUCAUUCAGCUGCUGCUAGAUCCCUAUUUCCGUACAAUAAAUGGUUUUCAAACGCUGAUACAGAAGGAUUGGGUGAGCUUGGGACACCCGUUCAGCGAUCGCUUUGGGCAUGUCAGCAAAAAAUUGACUACCGAUCAAGGAGCCUUGUUUUUACUCUUUUUGGACUGCACGUGGCAAUUGCUGCAACAAUUUCCGGACUGCUUUGAAUUUAGCGAGACUUUCUUAACGACAGUAUGGGACUCAGUAUUUCUUCCUAUUUUUGAUACAUUUCAAUUUAAUUGUGAGCGUGACAGGGAAAAGGCUGUUAAAGACUCAAAAAUCGUGCUGAGGCCUGUCUGGGACUGGGGCGAACAAUUUUCCGAUAAAGAUAUCGCGCUAUUUUCAAACCCAUUGUACAAGAAGCCUUUGUCGUUGGAACAGGAUUCCGUGCCUGACGGAGGAGUGCGAAAGUCGAGAAUUCCAGCGGGAGCGUUACUCAUGCCAGGUGCCGAAGAUUUGCGACAACAAUUUGGCAACGCCGAAAAAUUAGCGGUUCCGCGACAACCACAAUCAGCAAGACUGUCACGGAACAUUCAGCUUAUGCGAAUAAAUACCUCAGAUGUGCCCGAAAAUGAUCGACUGGUGCCUCGAUCAUCAGUGCGUGACCUGGAAAUUUGGUCGCAAUGUUAUUUCCGAUGGAUGCCUAUGCUAGAAAUAAAAAAUGGUGGCUUUCCUCAAGUCGAUCUCUUCAAUAGGAUGCUCGUGAAUAAAAUUCACCGAUUGCAACGAUUCGUUAGCGAACAAUUUACAAAUUUCAACCAUAAUCGAAUGAGUACGAAUAGCGUGUUAAAUAACUCGAUCAUGGACACGAGUGACACCCAAAACGAAGGUCAAGUAGUACAAAUACAAAUCAACUCGUUUUUCCCAUUUACGAGCUACACGGGAAACAGCGCCGAGUUGACGGACAUUUUGACAUCUAAUGGCGCAUUGCUAGCCGACGGAUCAAUUUGCUACGAUACGGCGUCGCUGGCAUAUCAAUACACUGACUGAGAGUUCUUGGUUUAGUAGGACUUAGGAACAUUCAAUUAAAGUUGUUUUUUUAUAAUAAUUUUAUCUUUAGCAAAAAAGUUAUAAAAGUUAAUAAUUUCUUAUAAAUGAAUAAAUAUUCUAUAAAAGAAUAAAGUUUUUGUUCAAGGACAGAAAAAAUAUAUUUAGCAAACAAAAAUUCAGAGUAUUUUCCUUUUUAAUUUAUUUUAAUUAAUGUUAUGUUACUGUAUAAAAUGAUGUUACACCAGAAAAAUA